CGUCUCGCUUCGCCGACUCUGCUCCUCCUGCGCCGGCGAGUGGAACGGCGAGGAGGAAGAAGAGGACAAAAGGAGCGGACAAAUGUAUAGCAGUCGUCGCCUUUGCUGUCUUGUCAGAGACUCCGCCGCUUUCCCCUCUCUCUCCCCUCCGUUCUCGGGAUCCCUGCUCUGCUUUGUUGCCCUUGUCAUUGGUGCGUUUUACGGUUUCCCCUUGUUUCUCGAAUUGGGAUUUCGCACGGAUCGCAGAUAUCGACGUGCUGUUGCUAAUUAUUACUCGGUCUCUGUUUGAAGGCGUUCCUAGAUAAGAAGACUCGGCAUUCUGUUUGUGCUUGCUGGGGCGGGAGCGGAAGGGUGAGGCGAGGGAAGGGGGAAGCGAGAUCGGUGAGGUUUCUUCUUUCCCUCGCGCUGGAGGGGAAUGUAGGUGCUUUUCUGGAUCGAGACUAGGGAUUUAGAACUUUGGCGUAGAUGGGUUGCUUCCCUUGUUUACAUCAUCGUCGCAAGAGGGAGUCCAACUCCCGGAUAGAAGACAGAGAUUCCUCAGUGAUCGGGAGCAAGGCAUCUUCGCUAGGCGAGAAGAAGAGCAACUCCGCGCACAGCUUCACUUUCCGGCAUCUCGCGAUCGCCACGCAGAAUUUCAAGGAAGCUAAUUUGAUCGGAGAAGGGGGUUUCGGAAAAGUUUACAAAGGACUGCUGGAUUCCACCAGCCAGAAGGUGGCUAUCAAGCAGCUGAAGCGCGAUGGGCUUCAAGGGAACAAAGAAUUCCUGGUCGAGGUUCUCAUGCUGGUUGUUCUUCGGCAUCCCAACCUCGUCAGCUUGAUCGGGUACUGCGCUGAUGGCGAUGAAAGGCUCUUGGUUUACGAGUACAUGCCGAAAGGCAGCUUGGCAGAUCACCUGUUCGAUCCUCUCCCUGAUAAGCUACCCCUUGAUUGGAACACAAGAAUAAAGAUCGCCGUAGGAGUUGCCAAAGGGUUGACAUAUUUACACGAAGUCGCAAAUCCACCUGUUAUUUACCGAGAUAUGAAGGCUGCAAAUGUGCUAUUAGAUAUCGACUUUAACCCAAAGCUUUCUGAUUUUGGACUGGCAAGAGUUGGACCUGUUGGUGACAAUACUCACGUUUCCACAAGGGUGAUGGGAACUUAUGGUUACUGUGCUCCUGAUUAUGCAAUGAGUGGUAAACUGAGUCUCAAGUCUGAUGUGUAUAGCUUUGGUGUGCUUCUCUUGGAGCUGAUUACUGGACGAAGAGUUUAUGAUGCUUUGAAACCUGUUGCAGAACAAAAACUCUUGGUUUGGUCGAGGCAUUUUCUCACCGAUAAAAGGAAGUACCACCAAUUGGCUGAUCCCUUGCUUCAAGGUCGCUACCCGCUAAGGCCCUUUCAGCAGUUGAUCGCCGUCAUCUUAACGUGUCUUCAAGAGCAGCCCCGUGUUCGACCCGUUAUGGCUGAUGUGGUCGUUGCUCUUGAUUAUGUGGCAUCUCAGCCAUAUGUCUCUGAGCCUGACACCGAGAAGAUCUCCCCUCCACCAUCAUCACCUUCAGUCACACCAUCGAGGGAUUGCAUCGCCAGAAGAGGCUUAAGUUUCGGGCGUAUGUGA